AUUAGAAGAUGCCUCGAUAUGAAGAUCGUCACGGAAGCACACGACUCUAUGUUGGUCACUUGUCCUCUCGAACACGAACUCGUGAUGUUGAACGUCUCUUUAGCAAAUAUGGGAGGUUUUCUUGGCUAUUUGCCUGACUUGGUUGGAGGUGUGUAUGGUGAGAGAGAGAGAGAGAGAGAGUUGGUCGGUCUCCUUGGUGGAUAUUCUUUGAUGGUGUUUAAUGUGGGACUUUUUUGGCGCUUCUCUGUUUUUGUGUUGUGUUGAUUUGGUGAAAACUGGCUACAAAAAAUCUGGUGUUUUGUUCCAACUAUGAUGGUGAUGAAGUAGCUGUACGUAGAAAAGUAAUGAUGUUGUUGAUGAUGAUGAUGAUGAUGUUGGCCUUACUGUUUCUGCCAAAACAAUUAUUUCAUCGCAGAGUUCGAGAUGUUGAUAUGAAGCGUGACUUUGCCUUUGUCGAUUUUAGCGAUCCCCGAGAUGCUGAUGAUGCAAGGUACUGCUUAGAUGGAAGAGACGUUGACGGAAGCCGUAUUGUUGUUGAAUUUGCUAAAGGGACACCACGUGGUUCUGGUUCUGGUUCUGGUUAUGGUUCUCGAGAGAUAUCUUCAAGCAGAGGAGGACCUCCUCCCCCAGGAAGUGGGCGUUGCUUCAACUGUGGUCUUGAUGGACACUGGGCUAGAGAUUGCACUGCUGGUGAUUGGAAGAACAAAUGUUAUCGAUGUGGCGAUAGAGGUCAUAUAGAGAGGAACUGCAAGAACAGUCCCAAGAAGCUCAAGAGGGACCAAAGUUACUCGAGAUCACCAGUUAGGUCUCGGUCACCUCCUUCUCGUCGUAGAAGAAACCGCAGCAGAAGCAGAAGCCCAAGCUACAGUCGCUCAAGAUCCCCGGUUAGGACUGAAAAGAAGCGAACUCCUGAACCAGCUGCGAGAAGCAGGAGCCCUGAACCAACGGUUCUUAACUCACCUCCACUCAAAGACAGAGACCAUAGCCCAAGUCCCAAUGAAAAGAGCCCAAUGCCUGAGAAGAAGGGUCAGGAAAACGGCAAUGGGACCAGUGGACAAGACCACACUCCUCCUAGAGACGAACCCAGUCCCUGAGAUGUAUUAUUCACAAAGAGUGAAGAACUCUUCAAACAAUUUGAUCAAACUUGCAUUUAUUUCUAUAAGACUUGUAAUGAAUUUAUUGUUGUUUUUGUGUUUGGAGACUUUACAUUUUAUGGACUUCCUCUUGUCUUUCUUUCUCCCCUUUUAAGUUUUAACACAUAUAUAUAUUUUUGAAAGCUUA